AUAUAUAUAUAUAUAUGCUUGCUCUUGCAACAACAACCAUUUGAGGAAAAACCCUUUUAACAUAACAUAAGCAAAGAUCUUUGUUUGGUGGAGGGGGAGAAGAGAAAUUAGGGAAACAUAUAUCUAUUACAUGAACUACAAAUGACUUGCCCUAUACAACUCCACCGAUUCAACCAUACAACCGAUGCAUCCACCGCCAUAGCAAACGGCGUUAACUGUCCCAAGCCACCGCAGACGGCGCCGUCAACGCGACGUCUUUUGCCCAAAGGAAGCGUGCCGGAGGCGGCGGCGCGGCACCACACGCACGCAGUGGGGCCCGGCCAGGGCUGCUCCGUCGUGAUUCAGGCGAUCGAGGCGCCGGUCUCCGCCGUGUGGCCCGUGGUGCGACGGUUCGACAAUCCGCAGGGGUACAAGCAUUUCGUGAAGAGCUGCCACGUGGUCACCGGCGACGGCAUUCGCGUUGGCGCGCUCCGCGAGGUGCGCGUGGUCUCCGGCCUCCCGGCCGUUUCGAGCACCGAGCGCCUCGAGAUCCUUGACGAUGAGCGGCACGUGAUGAGCUUCAGCGUGAUCGGCGGCGACCACCGCCUGAGGAACUAUCGGUCUGUGACGACGCUCCACGGUGACGGUAACGGAGGCACGGUUGUGAUCGAGUCCUACGUGGUUGACGUACCGCCAGGUAACACUAAGGAGGAGACUUGCGUCUUCGUGGAUACAAUCGUACGGUGCAAUCUGCAGUCCCUCGCUCAGAUCGCUGAAAACAUGGCAAGUCAACACUGAACAAACAAACUCUUUUUUUUUUUCUUUUCCCUUUUCCUUCAUCGUUUAUUUUUGUUUCGAAUACGGCUUCGAAUCACGUUCCGUUCCGUGUUUGAAAUUGGUGGAAACCAACACCGUUAAGAUUUGUUUUUGGAGAACUCAAGAUCAGACUGCGAUGAUUGAAA